UAAACGAUUUUUAUUAAUCUUUUUACGUCAAUUAGAUUUCACCCUAAAUCAUUUUUAUAUUCUCUCCCAGUGAGUUAUCUUUUUUUUUUUUUAAAGAUAAAAUAGGAGCAAAAUGUCAAGGUAGUGGGAAUAUCUGACAUUAUAUGUAAUAUUCCAGGCUUUGCAGCACAAGAACUUUGUAAAGGUGAGGGGUGGGGGUGGGGGAAUCAAGUGGGGAACAUAUGUCUCUAUUUAUUUGGCAUCAGUUGUUCUUUUUCAUUAUGCAGCAUUCAAUUUCACUGUCUUGUGGUCACUCUUUUCAUUCCCACUGUUGUAGAAAUUGUACAUAUUGCUUUCCUGGCUAUUACUUCACUGUACCAGUUCAUGCAAGUCUUUAAAUGCUUCUCUGUAUUCAUCAUGUUCACUGUUUCAUAUAGCUCAGCAGUAUUCCAUUAUAUUUAUUAAACACACUUUGUAUAGUUAUUUCCCAAUCCACAGCCAUCUACAUUGUUUCCAGUUCUUUGCUACCAUAAAAAGUGCUGCUAUAAAUAUUUUUGUGUAUAGAGAACCUUCACUUCUGUCAUCACUUGGAAUUAUGUAUCUAAAAUCUAAAUCUCUGAGCAAAAAAAGGAUACAACAUUUAGUUAAUUUCUUAGCAUAAUCCCAAAUUUUUGGAAUUUCCAGACUGGUUAGACCAAUUCACAACUCCACCAAUAAUGAAUUACAUUGCUUGUCUUUUUUAAAUGCCCUCCAACAAUGAGUUUCCAUAUUUUGUCAUCUUUGUCAAUUUGCUGGUCUGAGAUGAAACUUCAGGGUUAGUUCUAUUUGCAUUUAUUUUGUAGCGAUCUAUAAUUUUCUUUCACAUGGUUAAUAGCAAUUCUUUUGAAAAGUAUUCCAUCUUUUUACUUUAUUGUUAUUUAAAAUCUCAUAUUUUUCCUUUUGGUGCUUAUGAUUUGUGAAGAAUUCACUAAAUAAUGGAUACUUCAAACAAUACCACUAUGCUUGCCUUAAGGGAAAAGCAGAGUUUUAGGCAAGAAUUAAAACCAUGGUAGGUGAAAUUUAAGUUAUAUGGUAGUCUCUACAAUUUCUACUAUUGACUAAUAAAGUCUAUCAACAAAAUUAUAACUGAGGGGAAGAACUUCCAUAUCUGUCUUUGCAACCUAAAUACUAGGUGCCCAGGACAUGGGAGGCACUUUACUGAUGACAGGGACAAGAAUUAAAUGUGUGAUUUUGUUGUAGUCAGUGAACAAGCAUUUAUCAAACACUUACUGUUGCUGGAGACACAACAAUAAAGGCAAAAACCAAACCAAAACAAAAAACCAAUCUGUCUUCAAAAAGGAUAUAUUCAAAUUGCAAAGAGAAUAUGUAAAUAUGUAGAUAGGUAGAAGAUACAUUCAGAAUAAAUGAAGAUAAUCUGAAAGCAAAAGAAAUCAGGCAUUAGAGUGAUUAAAAGAAGGCCAUCUAUAGAAGGUAGAAUAUAAGCAAAGACUUGAAGAAAACUAGGGAAAAUAAAAAAUGGUCAUCAGAGGGUAGAGUACUGUCUGAGGAACUCCAAGAGACAAAAUGGCAUUGUAGUCAGUCAGAUGGACUAAGACUCAAAUACUACUUAACCUCUCUCCUGUUUCUUUAAACAUGGGGUUUAGACUCAAUAAACUCCAAGUUUUCUUCAAGCUCUUAAGAUUUCAAAACAAACAUUGUGUACCAAAGCAAGUUAGAAUCUUUAUUCCCUCUUAAAGGCCUGAAGAACACAUUAGAGCAAGGCCUAAAUUCUUCAUCAACAGGAACUAGCAGUUAUGUUGCAGUCAUAGAAUCAAGGAAGUGGUUGUGGUGAGUUAAAAGCAGUACAUGUGCAUUUAUAAUCAUUUUAAAAGCAAACCAUCUUCCAUACAAUGACUUACUGGGGCAACAGCUAUAGCAGUUGAGGGGCAUUGCACUUAUACAGUAUUUGUUUGAGUUUAAUUCUGUCAGCAUAAAUAUGUAUGUCUCCAUAUUAGUGAACAUUUUUCAAUCACAUCUUUAGUCUGUAUUCGAGUCACACAACCAGUCUGAGUUAAGAGCAGCACUUGAAUUCAGAUCUUCCUUGAUCCUUAGUCCAGCUUUCUAUUCUUACCUGUUUGAAGUGAACUUUCUCAAAAAACAGGGAAACCAAAGCACACAGAAUAUCAAGUUUUUUUAAACUACAUUUUUCCUGUUUUGAUAUUAUUAUAAUCUAUAUUGACAACGUAAGUUGUUUUUUCCUCUUUGUAUUCUAGUAGAGAGCUAAUAAAUUUUAAAUAAAAAUGCUUGAAGAGUAAAAUGGAACUGUUUUUUUUCCCCUUUAAUGCAGACCCUCAACUCAAUCUCACUUAAUCACAUACAACUCUUUCCAAAACGUUAAGUGAGUACCAGUGGUACAGGUCUAUAAUAAAGAUCUGGGUUCAAAUCCAUCUCAAGACACCAGUUUAGUGGCUCUGGGUAAGUCACUUUAAAUCUGUUUCUUCAAUUAUAAAGUGCGGAUAAUAACAGCACCUACCUUACAGGUUUGUUGUGAAGAUCAAAUGAAUUAUUUAUAAAGUUCUUAGCACAAGCAUCUGGCACUGUGUAAAAGUUAACUAAUAUUAUUCUGACAUAGGCUUUACCAGAUUGUGCCAAAAAAGGCAGAUAAUAUAAGUUUAAAUAAAUGCUUAUUCCCUCCCUUGCAAUAGAAUCUGGUUAGGUUGACAAUGGAGCCUCUAUGAACUCUAGGAAGUCUGGGAAAUCCUGUCACUUGUGAACAUUUAUUAGAGAAUGACUUUUCAACUCAAACUAAGUCGUAUUAAGAGAACUGAAGUUCAGGGUCGAAGAACACUUUACCUCUGGCGGCUUUAAAAUGCUUAUGCUUCAGAUCUGAGUUACCGUCCCAGUUCAGGGAGGGGGAGGGGGGAAGCGGGAAGGGAAGGGGGAAAGGGGAAGGAGGGGAGAGGAAAGUACACCCGGGAGUUCAGGGGUUCAGGACAGGCGAUGCAAAAUUAACCUUCCAAGAAGGACAUUAAGACUCACUUAAGAAGCAGGCCGACACUGCGCUGGCAGGACCGGGAGGAGGAUGCUCGGGCAUUGGGGUACGGUCCUGGGGUUAGCUAGCUCCCGGGGAAUACAGAGAAAGAACAGAGGGAAGAGUCCCGACGGCGCCCUGCGCUCCGUGGCCCAGCCCAUGGAGGGCGGUAGAGGCCGGCAGCGGCGGAGUCGACCCGGCCCCCGCUUGGUUCGCUAUAACGACCACGAGUGGCAGAGGCAAAAGCAGCUGCAGCGAAGGCAGCGGCGGCCGCCCAGGAAGGCGGGAGCAAGAUGCAUCGGCUUCGGCGGGAGGGGGGAGGGGGGUGUGCGCGCGCGUGGGAUGAUGCCACCCUUCUCCCUCCCCCCACACGCACACGCACACGCACACACACACCCGACCCCAUCGCAGCACGCGACGACGAUUCCUACCCUACCCCUAAGCCCCCUCCUUCCCCUACCGUCCCAGAGUACUACAACCGCAGCUGCGGCCACCCGCCACCCCCUCCGAACCGAGCCCGAGCAGCGCCAGGGAGGUCACGGAGGAGGUCAAAGGGUAAAGGUCCUGCUCCCAGCAGCCUCCGCGGUUGAUACGUCGCCAUCUUGGAUCCGCGGGACAAGAAAAUUCAUGCGUACUGUGAGGAAAGGACACGACUCUAUGGUGAGGACUGAUGGACAUACAUUAUCUGAGAAAAGAAACUACCAGAUGUGUGCUUUCCAAUGUCCAGAUCUGCAAGUGGUGAAAGAAGUUACAAAGGUGACAAACAGCAUGUUUGGUGCUUCAAGAAAGAAGUUUGUAGAGGGCGUCGACAGUGACUACCAUGAUGAAAACAUGUACUACAGCCAGUCUUCGAUGUUUCCACAUCGGUCAGAAAAAGAUAUGCUGGCAUCACCAUCAACAUCAGGUCAGCUGUCUCAGUUUGGGGCAAGUUUAUACGGGCAACAAAGUGCACUGGGCCUUCCAAUGAGAGGAAUGAGCAACAAUACUCCUCAGUUAAAUCGCAGCUUAUCACAAGGCACUCAGUUACCAAGCCACGUCACGCCAACAACAGGGGUACCAACAAUGUCGCUUCACACACCUCCAUCUCCAAGCAGGGGUAUAUUACCUAUGAAUCCUAGGAAUAUGAUUAACCACUCCCAGGUUGGUCAAGGUAUUGGAAUUGCCAACAGGACAAAUAGCAUGAGCAGUUCAGGGUUAGGUAGCCCUAACAGAAGCUCGCCAAGCAUAAUAUGUAUGCCAAAGCAGCAACCCUCUAGACAACCUUUUACUGUGAACAGUAUGUCUGGAUUUGGAAUGAACAGGAAUCAGGCAUUUGGAAUGAAUAACUCUCUAUCAAGUAACAUUUUUAAUGGAACAGAUGGAAGUGAAAAUGUGACAGGAUUGGACCUUUCAGAUUUUCCAGCGCUAGCAGAUCGAAACAGAAGGGAAGGAAGCGGUAACCCAACUCCGUUAAUAAACCCCUUAGCUGGAAGAGCUCCUUAUGUUGGAAUGGUAACAAAACCAGCAAGUGAGCAAUCCCAGGACUUUUCAAUACACAAUGAAGAUUUUCCAGCAUUGCCAGGCUCCAGCUAUAAAGACCCAACAACAAGUAAUGAGGACAGUAAAUCUAAUUUGAAUACAUCUGGUAAGACAUCUUCAAGUACAGAUGGACCCAAAUUCCCUGGAGACAAAAGUUCAACAACACAAAACAAUAACCAGCAGAAAAAAGGGAUCCAGGUGUUACCUGAUGGUCGGGUUACUAACAUUCCUCAAGGGAUGGUGACGGACCAAUUUGGAAUGAUUGGCCUGCUGACAUUUAUUAGAGCAGCAGAGACAGACCCAGGAAUGGUACAUCUUGCAUUAGGAAGUGACUUAACAACACUAGGCCUCAAUCUCAACUCUCCUGAAAAUCUCUAUCCCAAAUUUGCAUCACCUUGGGCAUCUUCACCUUGUCGACCUCAAGACAUAGACUUCCACGUUCCAUCUGAGUACUUAACGAACAUUCACAUUAGAGAUAAGCUGGCUGCAAUAAAACUGGGCCGAUAUGGAGAAGAUCUACUAUUCUAUCUCUAUUACAUGAAUGGAGGAGACGUAUUACAGCUUUUAGCAGCAGUAGAGCUUUUUAACCGAGAUUGGAGAUAUCACAAAGAAGAACGAGUAUGGAUUACCAGGGCACCAGGCAUGGAGCCAGCAAUGAAAACCAAUACAUAUGAGAGGGGAACAUAUUACUUCUUUGACUGUCUUAACUGGAGGAAAGUAGCUAAGGAGUUCCUUCUGGAAUAUGACAAAUUAGAAGAAAGGCCUCAUCUGCCAUCAUCCUUCAACUAUAACCCUGCUCAGCAAGCCUUCUAAAGACUUCCCUUUUCUUGGGGUAUGGCUGUCUCAGCACAAUACUCAACAUAACUGCAGAACUGAUGUGGCUCAGGCACCCUGGUUUUAAUUCCUUGAGGAUCUGGCAAUUGGCUCAUGCAAAGGGUCACCAUUUGAGGUCCUGCCUUACUAAUUAUGUGCUGCCCAACAACUAAAUUUAUAAUUGUUUUUCUCUAGUUUGAGCAGGGUCUGAAUUUUUCCUUUUUUUUUUUUCCUUUUUUUUUUUUUUUUUUUUUUUUUUUUUUUUUUUUUUUUUUUUUUUUUUUUUUUGGACAGCAGACAUUGAUCUGUAAUGACAAAAAAGUACACUGACAAAGUUUACCACAUAGUUUCCAAAAUGUAAAAAAGAAAAAAAAAACCUAGAAAAAAAAAAACCCAAAAAAUUAGACAACAAAAUUUGCAUUGUUCAUUGUAGCACUAUUGGUAAUAAAAAAAAAAAAAGUUUGUGCAUUUUUAUGUGAAGAUCCUUCUCGUAUUUCAUUUGGAAAGAUGAGCAAGGUCUGCUUCCUUCAUUUUACUUCUCCCUUCUGUUUUUGAAAGGCAGUUUUUCGCCAAGCUUAAAUGCAAGAAUAUCUGACUGUUUAGAAGAAAGAUAUGGCCACAACCUUUGGAUGGUUUCUAGGGUUGUGUUAUUACUGAGCUUCAUCUUUCCAGAAUGAGCAAAACACUGUCCAGUCUUUGUUACGAUUUUGUAAUAAAUGUGUACAUUUUUUUUAAAUUUUUGGACAUCACAUGAAUAAAGGUAUGUAUGUACGAAUGUGUAUAUAUUAUAUAUAUGACAUCUAUUUUGGAAAAUGUUUGCCCUGCUGUACCUCAUUUUUAGGAGGUGUGCAUGGAUGCAAUAUAUGAAAACGGGACAUUCUGGAACUGCUGGUCAGGGGACUCCUUUGUCGCCCUGUGUACUAAAGGGCCAGAUUUUCAGCAGCCAAGGACAUCCAUACCCAAGUGAAUGUGAUGGGACUUAAAAGAAGUGAACUGAGACAAUUCACUCUGGCUGUUUGAACAGCAGCGUUUCAUAGGAAGAGAAAAAAAAAAAAGAUCAAUCUUGUAUUUUCUGACCACAUAAAGGCUUCUUCUCUUUGUAAUAAAGUAGAAAAGCUCUCCUCA